CCGGAAAGCGGAAGCGGAAGUGACGUUCGGGGAAGGUGGGGGCAAUCAUGGUGCCGCUGGGGAGGGGAGAAGCUGCUGCCGCCGCCGCCGUUGCCGGGAGCCGCGGAGACAGGUCACUACCUUUCCAUUUCUCACAAUUGGGCUGAGCACAACUGAACCAUGGGGGAACACAGUCCAGACGACAGCAUCAGCUACUUUGAGGUAGAGGAAGAUGAGCUGACCCCCGAUGACAAGAUGCUCAGGUUUGUGGAUAAGAAUGGACUGGUGCCUUCCUCAUCUGGAACUGUUUAUGAUAGGACAACUGUUCUUAUCGAGCAGGAUCCUGGCACUUUGGAAGAUGACGAUGACGAUGGACAGUGUGGAGAACACUUGCCUUUUCUAGUAGGGGGUGAAGAGGGUUUUCAUCUAAUAGAUCAUGAAGCAAUGUCCCAGGGUUAUGUGCAACACAUUAUCUCACCAGAUCAGAUUCAUUUAACAAUAAACCCUGGUUCCACGCCCAUGCCAAGAAAUAUCGAAGGUGCAACCCUCACACUGCAGUCGGAAUGUCCAGAAACGAAACGUAAAGAAGUAAAGAGGUACCAGUGCACCUUUGAGGGCUGUCCCCGCACCUACAGCACAGCAGGCAACCUGCGCACCCACCAGAAGACCCACCGGGGAGAGUACACCUUUGUCUGUAAUCAGGAGGGCUGCGGCAAGGCCUUCCUCACCUCCUACAGCCUCAGGAUCCACGUGCGGGUGCACACGAAGGAGAAGCCGUUUGAGUGCGACGUGCAGGGCUGUGAGAAGGCGUUCAACACGCUAUACAGGCUGAAAGCACAUCAGAGGCUUCACACAGGGAAGACGUUUAACUGUGAAUCUGAAGGCUGCAGCAAGUACUUCACCACGCUCAGUGAUCUGAGGAAGCACAUUCGAACCCAUACAGGAGAAAAGCCAUUUCGGUGUGAUCAUGAUGGCUGUGGAAAAGCAUUUGCAGCAAGCCACCACCUUAAAACUCACGUCCGUACACAUACUGGUGAAAGACCCUUUUUCUGCCCCAGUAAUGGCUGUGAGAAAACAUUCAGCACUCAAUACAGUCUCAAAAGUCACAUGAAAGGUCACGAUAACAAAGGAAAUUCAUACAGUGCACUUCUAAAUCACAAUGGAUCAGAGGAUACAAAUCACUCACUUUGUCUGAGGAAUUUAAGCCUUCUGUCCACAGAUUCCGAAUUUCAAGAAAAUUCCAAUACAGGCCAGAACACUUUCAGCACACUUUCACCAGCAAUCAUCUUUGAACCAAUGUUCCAGAAGUCAGAUGAUCCAGCAAUUCAGGAAGAUCCUCAACAGACAGCUGCCUUGAUUGAAAAUUUUAAUGGUGAUGCAGAAUCAGUCAGUGAUGUUCCGCCAUCCACAAGACAUUCAGCAUCUUUAUCUCUUCCACUUAUACUGCAGCCUGGCAUCUCCGAGCCACCCCAGCCUCUACUACCAGCCUCAGCACCGUCUGCUCCUCUGCCUGCUCCCUCCCUAGGAACUGGUUCCCAGCAAGCUGCAUUUGGCAACCCCCCUGCUCUCUUACAACCUCCAGAAGUGCCUGUUCCCCACAGCACACAGUUUGCUGCUAAUCAUCAAGAGUUUCUUCCGCACCCCCAGGCACCGCAGCCCAUCGUGCCGGGACUUUCUGUUGUCGCUGGGGCUUUGGCGUCAGCAGCGGCAGUGGCGUCAGCCAUGGCAGCACCGCCUCAACCACAGAGUACUACUGAGCCCCUGCCGGCCAUGGUCCAGACUCUGCCCCUGGAUGCCAACUCCGUCCUAACUAGUAAUCCCACUAUAACCAUCACCCCGACUCCCAGCACGGCUCUCCUGCAGCCCAGCCUCGUCAUGGGAGAACAGAACUUACAGUGGAUACUGAAUGGUGCCACCAGCUCACCACACACCCAAGAACAAAUUCAGCAAGCAUCUAAAGUUGAGAAGGUGUACUUUACCACGGCAGUACCAGUAGCCAGUAGCACAGGGAGCGCAGUACAGCAGAUUGGCCUCAGCGUCCCUGUGAUCAUCAUCAAACAAGAGGAGGCCUGUCAGUGUCAGUGUGCGUGCCGGGACUCCGCCAAGGAGCGGGCGGCCGGCAGGAGGAAGGGCUGUCCUUCCCCUCCCGCUCCAGAGCUGAGCACCCAGCCUCCUGAUGAGCCCAGCCUGAAGCUACCACCGCAGACUUUUUCCCCGCCCCCGAUCCCCCUGUCGUCCUCCGCCGCCUCCUCUUCCUGUGAGCAAAGCAGACAAGCAGUGACUCCUUCAGACCCUCAGACAGAAACAUUACGUGCCAUGGAUAUGUCAGAGUUUCUGUCCCUCCAGAACCUGGACACGCCGUCUAAUCUGAUUCCCAUUGAAGCACUACUGCAGGAGGAGGAGGAGAUGGGCCUGACCAGCAGCUUCUCCAAGUGAAAGGCCCAGCCGGAUGUGCUCACCUCCGGGAACAGAGGCCGAGCAGGAGGCAGAAGGUGCGAUGCCUACCAUCGUGGGGUCAGCAGUUUGAAGGAGGAAGAAAUCUACUGUUUGAAAUCCUCACCUUUCAGACAUAUUUUCUUUAUUCAUAUCCCAGGAGCAUCCAUUUUUAAGGAACUGAUCUUUGGAGAAAAACAAACAAAAACGGAACAAAACAAAAAAAAAAGCUAAGUUAUAAAUGAACUGUUUGGCUGCACUGUAUGUCACUUUCGCUUAUUGUCAUGUGAACUUGGAAAUUAAGGUUACUCGUAUGCAUAAAAAUUCUAAAUGAAAGGGUGUGGUUUCCAUCAAUCUGAUGCUGCCCAUCACUUGCACUGGGGUCUUUGUAGUCCGGGCAGUAGCGUUCAGUGUGUCGGGUGUUGCUGCUCCUGUGUCUUUUGAGUCUGAGGCUGAAGCUUGCUUGGAAGGCCAGACCCUCACUCCAUCAGAGAGGGAAGUGGCAAAGGCAGGUCAGACAGCCGUGAGCUGGACAGGGAUCACGUGAGAUGGUUUCAUUGUCUGCGCUUGGUGUUGGUGGAGCUCAGGGUGACUAUGGCAGGUGUCAUCCUGCAGCCCAAAGGGGCAGCUGAAAGCCUGGCCCGAGGCCGCGGGGACGGUCCGCUUCCGCAGGGACCCCAGGCAAGUUGUUGACUGCUCUCUGUCCAUGACACAUGUGCAGAACAGGCUCUAGUGAUGUGAUCACAGUCUUUGCCUUCGGGUUCUCUCUUUCUCCGUUGGUUGCCAGGGCUUGCAGAUCACAGUGAAUUUUUCUCGGGGAACAUCCCUGCUUUGUCCUAGAGUGGACAUGUGGUUUAUGGCCAGUCGCUGGCUGGUGGUCUGCCUUCCUUGAAGGGUAUCUUCUUCCUCAGAGCAGAAGAGCUGCAUUUUGCGAACAGGAGAAGGUGCAGCUUUACAGGAGUUCUGUUCAGGCGGCGUGUCAUCGGCAGGCCGGGUGUCCUGGUUCCGGGUUCCAGCCAGGCCUUUGGUUGCCCCUCCCAUCUCCGCCUCUCACCCCUCUGGAUUUUGCAUACAGCCUAGUACAGUGCAAAGAAGGAUGUGACUUGCUCAGCUUAGUCAUAUGAUUUCUAAACAAAAAACAAAAAAGAAAAAAAAAAAACACAAAGCGAUGAUCUUCUACUCAGGGUAAAACAAAAAAAUUCCCCUUCCACCAAAAAGCCUGAAAUGUUGCAAUAAGUUAUCUCAUUUGGAAUGUUUCAUUAAGUUGUAUUAUAGGAAAAAAAUUUUUUUUGAUUUGUGUAUAGAAUUAUAUCCAUCUCUCUGCCUUUGGCUCUGAGUCAGUCAUUGCCUCUUAAAAUAAAACAUAAAAUACAAUCCACACUAAAAUGGAAAGUUUCUCUUAACUGCCUAUGUCAGUGUAGUCAUGAGUGCUCCCCCCACUCACUGAGCUCAGAAACUAGGCAUGGCCCAAUGUCCAGACUGGGCCUCUGCCUCCCAAGGGCCCCUUCCCUGCCUUGAGCGAGGGGCAGGGUGCCACAAACAGGGCUGCCCUUCUGAGUCAACGAUGUCGGGCAGAAAGCAGCCAUAACUUGCCUUCCUUUCCCAGUCCCUAAGGUGGAGAGAUCUGUCACUCUCCUGUUCUCUGCGCCAUUACUCAGGGCCAGCCAAGACAGUAUCCAGAGCAGAUCAUCUACCUGGGAGCCAGAGGCCCUGCCUUUAACAGGAUGUUCAGGGACAGAUUUGGAGAAGAGGGCAGUGGUGGUAAAUGUUACUGCCAUGAGGAGAAAUGGGCUUACCUACAAGCAGCUGGUGGUUUCUCAUUGCAGGAGUCUAGUCACGAGAAUCGGGGUUUUUUUGACCCUCUGCACUCUCCUGUCCAAAAGGCUGGUGGGUUCUGGCGGCCACUGGCCUCAGCAGAAGUUGAUAAGGCAGGAGGAACCUUCUAUUACCGCAGUGGUUCAUCUUCCUGGAAAACCAGCUGCUGAGCAUGGGUUGUUCUUGACCGUCUCCGGGCCUUGCACCCAUAGGAAGGUUUGCGGUAGGACCCUGGCUGUUUUCUCCACACCUUCCAAGAUAGAGAGCAGCAUGUGGGUCCCAAAUGACCUCCCCACAUGCCCGUCCUAGGCUCACUUGAGAUUCGGUUCCCUGGGAGCUGAGGUGGAAAGCAGGAGCCUAGGGAAGGCCGUCGGAAGUGCCAUGGUUGAAAUAUUGCUUCCCUCCGGCCAGCCCGGGCUGUGCUUGUGUUGGGGGUCCACCCAGGUCAGUGGCUUUUCUGCUCCAAAGAUCAGGGGUGAUGAAGAAACUGGGUUUGGGCUGACAGAUUUUCCUAGUUGAAGUAUCUGCCUUUUGAGGGUACUAGAGAUUACAAGGGGGACCAUCAGAUCCAAUCAGCUUUUGAAAACAUCAAGAAUGUGCUUAAAAUGCUAGUGAGUGGUUGUGAAGAGUACGUUUACUCCACAGGAUAGGCAGUCUCUCCUUUCCUUCUUCUUCCAGCACUCUUCCCCGCCCCUGUCCCUUCCAUCAGCCUGGCCCCUAGUGUCAAGGAUCUUGAAGAAGAGAGGGCGCUGGCUAAAGUGGAGCCACAAAGAGCCUUCAUGGAGAGUGGUUUUCAAACCCACGAAUGAACCUAGGGUGAGGCUAGGGAAGGUGUGCAGACUUCAGGUGAAAUCACGCCUUUUUUCUUCCCAUGGUAACCUUAAUCAUUUUCACCCUGUAGAUUGAGACUUCCAGCUCCCACUAGCAUCUCCAGUUAUACUGCCCCUUUACAGAAUGCUAGUCAGCCUAGGGAAUCGUGGAGUUCACGGGCCUGGCAGGUGGCAGGAAACUUUGGCUGGCACCGCCAAACUGCCUUAGUGAAUUUGGUCCUUCCCAGGCAGGUGGGUGAGGCAUUGAGGGAAAGUGGCCCUGCCUUUCCUGGCAGUUUGGCCAACCUCGUGGGGGUAUCACUAGUUUGAUGACAGGAAUUGGUGUCAUUCAUUGAAUUCCACCCCUACCCCUCCGCCCUCGCAGAAGGAGAUCAUGGUACAAAGUCCAGGAGGGGCCUUAAGGUGUGAAGUCUUCUCUGGGCAGAAGCAAGGGACUUCUCUUCACCACCCCUGGGAGACUCAGUAGAUUGGAGAGUUUACUUUCAGGGUCAAGGCAGCGGACUGAUGGGGAUAAUGGGUGGGUGGGUUUUCCUGAGAGACUUUGUAUAAUGUGCUGAAUGUGUCCAAAGGGACAAGUUUGCAGAACCUCAUAUUGGUAUAUUAAAGAAAUAAUAAAAAAGCACUUUACGUUAUUUUAUCUUUAACCCAAUUGCUGCAAUUUCUUUCGUGUGUGUGUGUAUACACACACACACACACACAUAUAUACUUUCCACAAAGUUUUAUUUUUUGCUCAGAAAAAAAGUUAAAUUGAGGUGUGAAAAGAAAAGCACUUACCUUGGUGCAAUAUGUGUAGCUUGAUGGUUGUUGUCCCAUGUGGCCCUGGCCUGGCUGCGUUUUUCCACUCCAUCAGCCCUGUGCCAUGAGGCUGUCCAUAGGGAAACACUAUUAUGCAUUCUCAGCAACUGCUCAAUCUAUGCAAGCCUUCCCUGUGUGCCCAAGGGCGCCCCCUCAGGCUCUCUGAAGAACUGCUGCGGGUCCUGUUUUCUGCUGUUGAGGCCCUUUUUCAUCACUUCUUGGUCCCUUGCCAUCUUUUCCCCCUUCUUCACCAUUACAAAGUGAUGCCUGAAAGGAAGAAACUGGUUGUUCCUAGGUAGACACCUGGCACCUUCUAGACUUUUAUAUUUGUAAUCACGUUCAUUGUCCUUAAUCCUAAAGACUUCUCCAGAGUCACCGAAACCAUUGAUUUGUGGAACUGCAACAGUAUUGCUAAUGAGUUUACAAUUUUCCUAUACCACCAAUCAGAAAUAUGUUUGGGGAGGGUUGUGGCAGUCGUGGGUGGGGCGGUGGGGGGCGGACAACAUGAGCCAUUUCCAUACUGCUCCCCCUACCGCCCCUGUUGGCUCUUUAAGCAAAAGCCUCCAGCCCUCAUUGAAUCCAGUAAACAAAGCUGUUAAUAAUCUGCUUUAUCAACUUUCUUCCUUUCCCCUCACUCCCCUCUCCCCCGCCCAUUUUAUCUUCAAUUCUCAGGCUACUAAAGAACUGAGUUUUAAAAUAUACUUCAGCCAAAGCAGAAAGAUUUCCAUAGAUCCAAUAUGCAAAUGGUUCUGCUGUGACAUAGAUCUGAAAUUGACCAUUCCUAAAUAUUGGGGAGAGGCAACAAAACUGAAUCAUGCAUAUUUCUGAUUGGUAGUCAGUUUAGCCCGUUUCCUCUGGCAUACGUUGGGGGCGAGGCUAGAGAAAGGGUCCCCUGUCUCUUCUCACACCCUUUGGGGAAGCUGAUGAUCACUGUUUGGGCAUUUCUCAUUGUUACUCCUGUUCAAGAGAGGGCUUCUCAGUCUGCACUGAGAAAUGCAAAUUAAACUGUAUCUUUAUGUCUAUGUGUACAUAGUACAAGCUUUUUUACUGGAAGCAAAGUUUAAAACCACACACUGCCCUUUUGGUGGUGUGCCUGCUGGGCCCCAAAUUGGGUGAUGAUGUCGUGUCACUUUCUCAGCUCAACGCAGGUUCUACUUUUUCUUACUGGGAAAUUUUUCAUAAAACCUUUUCUUUUCACCAAAACCCAGGGGUGUUUUCUGCAAUAUUCUUAUUAUCCUUAUACUGGUGCCAAGUCAGAGAGGCCUCUCUUGCCCUUUUCCCCCGUGUCCUCAGGCCUCCCAGGGCGCUCUUUGACUCAACAGUCUACAUCCUUUGUUGUGUUUUGGAGAAUGUGUGGGUGGGGGGGUGGUCAGAGUUCAAGGUAGCUGUUCUCUUUCCCCGUAAACUCCUAGUCCCUGUUUGGGGAAGGUGGCUGGAAACAGGUUUUUGCUGACUCUCUGGCUCAGAUCUUCUGGCCAGGAGAAGCAAGACCCACGAGAGCCUUCAUUGGCCAGAGGUCUUGGUUAAAUCCCAAAUAGUUUUAUUUGGAUUAUGUAAAAGCCUAUCAAAUUUAUUUAAGUGUGAAACAUGGGAACAACAGACUUCCACUGAGCGAUAUGAAAACGUUACAGGUUCAGUACUUCCAAAGGAAGAAACCUCCAAACCCAAAAAAGAAUAAAUAUGAAUUUGUAUUUUUGAAGAAUGUGAAACAAUGGUGUUUGCUUAAUUGCUCAUUUUGUAUAAACUUAAUAUUGUACUUUAAAAUAUCUGCUAAGAAGUGAAAAUUUAACUUUUUGGAAUUGAAAAAGCAAUAUUAAAUACUAAUGAAAUCCUAAUUAAAUGCUUAUUUAAA